UCUUUGUCUCAGAGUACAUGCAGUAAAAUGGCAGAAUAUAUUCCAGUGGAUCAUGAGCAGUUCUGCUGUCCUAUCUGUCUGGAUCUACUGAAGGAUCCAGUGACUAUUCCCUGUGGACACAGUUACUGUAUGAGAUGUAUUACAGGCUAUUGGAAUCGGGAUGAUCUGAAGGGAGUCUACAGCUGUCCUCAGUGCAGACACACCUUCACUACAAGACCUGUGUUAUAUAAAAGUACCAUGCUGGUUGAAAUGGUGGAGAAACUGAAGACGACGAAACUCCAAACUGCUGUUCCUGCUCACUGUUACGCUGGAGUUGGAGAUGUGGAGUGUGAUGUCUGUACUGGAAGAAAACACAAAGCUGUCAAGUCCUGUCUGGAGUGUCUGAACUCUUACUGUCAAAAUCACCUUGAACAACAUGAGAACCUCUUCCAAGGUAAGAGACACAAUCUGAUGGACGCAACAGGGCAAUUCCAGGAGAUGAUCUGCCAUCAACACAAUAAGCUUCUGGAGGUUUUCUGUCGUACUGAUCAGAAGUGUAUCUGCAUAUUGUGCACGAUGGAUGAUCACAAAAACCACAACACUGUAUCAGUUUCUGCCGAGAGGACUCAGAAGCAGAGUCACUUGGAGGAAACACAGAAAAAAUCCCAACAGAGAAUCCAGGAGAGGGAGAAAAAGAUUCAGGAGGUGAGAAGAGCUGUGGAGUCUCACAAGCGCUCAGCACAGACAGCAGUGGAGGACAGUGAGAGGAUCUUUACUGAACUGAUGAGCUCCAUUGAGAGAAGACGCUCUGAGGUGACACAGCUGAUCAGAGAUCAGGAAAAGGCUGCAGUGAGUCGAGCUGAAGGACUUCUGGAGCGACUGGAGCAGGAGAUUACUGAUCUGAGGAGGAGAGACGCUGAGCUGAAGCAGCUUUCACAUACACAUGAUCACAUCCAGUUCCUGCAGAGUUUUCAGUCUUUCUCUGCACCUCCUGGAUCUUCAGUCUCACCCAGCAUCACUGUCAGUUCUGUCCUGUCUUUUGAUGAGGUGAUAAAAUCUGUCUCUCAACUGAAACAACAACUGGAGGAUUUCUGCACAGAACAUAUUGACAAGAUAUCUGACAGAGUAACAUACAUUCAAAUUAUCACUGAUGAACCCAAGACCAGGAAUGACCUUCUACAGUAUUUCCGUCAGUUCACAGGGGAUCUAAACACAGUGAAUAAACGCCUCCGUCUGUCUGAAGAGAACAGAGUGAUUACUUACACUGGCACACUCCAGCAGUAUCCUGAUCAUCCAGAUAGAUUUGAUUUUUAUCUUCAGGUGUUGUGUAGAGAGAGUGUGUGUGGACGCUGUUACUGGGAGAUUGAGUGGAGUGGUGAUGGUGGUGUGUUUAUAUCAGUGUCAUAUAAGAGCAACAGCAGGAAGGGAGAUGGUGUUGAGUGUAUGUUUGGGGGUAAUGAUCAGUCCUGGUGUUUGUUCUGCUCUCCCUCCAGUUUCUCAUUCUUUCACAAUAACAUAAGAACUGAUCUCUGUGUCUCCUCCAGCUGCUGUAGAAUAGGAGUGUAUGUGGAUCACAGUGCAGGAACACUGUCCUUCUACAGCGUCUCUGACACACUGACCCUCAUCCACAGAGUCCACACCACAUUCACUCAAGCUCUAUAUCCUGGGUUUUAUAUUAAUUCUAAAUCAUCAGUAAAACUGUGUGAUGUAACAAAUUAGAAAAGCAGUUUUCAACUAGUUUUGCUUCAUGACUCAGAUUUUACAUCGAACAUCAAGUUUGUACCACACAGUAAUAAAACUGUUUAUUGUACAAAUGGAAAAACUCCUUAAAAUCAAACACAAACUGCAUAGACCCAACAAUAAACACAUUUUAACAUGUCAUAUAGGCUGAAUAUGAUUUUAGUUUGUUUGUUUGAUUGUUUUAGAUCAUCUUUAAAGCUUGAGUGUUGAGAUUUUAUAUUUCUAUAGUUUCAUGCAGCCAUUAAUAAAACACAGAUAAAUUGUGAUCGACACACAAUGAUUAUCCUUACUGCAAGUGAUAAUGUAGUCUGGGACAUAUUUUCUUUACCUUGUGCAGUUUUGUUGAUGGUUUUUGAGGAUGAGUUCAUGUCACACAACCUGUCCAUGCUGACAAGCUUCAUUCAAGUGACAGAUGAAUUUGUGACAAAAUACUGUUGAGUUUGAUUGGACACACAGUCUUUUACAUUCAAACACACUAUGAUUGUCACAUACACACAACUAUAUUGAACUUAUUCAGCCUUUUCAGCAUGCCACUCUUCCGUGUUUUGUCAUCUGACUUCUUGUUUGCAUUGAAGCUACUGAAAUCAGUCAAUCAAAAUGGAUUACAUGUAGGAGCACAUAAAGAGUUUUUCAGCAAGAGUUGAUGGUGUGAGUCUACAGCACCCCUUUACUACAUGAAAAUGCUCGUGAGGUGUUUUGCUGUCAUUGUCAGUGUUUGUUUUUCCAACAUCUACGGAGGUAAAUUGGACCUGGCAGAUAACAUUCGUAUGACACACUGCACUUUUUCAUGAUACAAGCGUUUAUUUUUUUUACAUGUAAUUCGGAUUAAUUUUGUAGUUUUCAGCUAGUUAAUAAUUUUUGUUAAAAUGUGUAGUUGACCUGAAAUUUCAAACAGUGACAGCUCGUAUUAUUUCACAUGCAA